CCCAUCUCCGUCUGUCUCUCUAAUCCAACCUAUCGGCGUACAGUCUGUACGUGUACGUAUACGUUGCGUACAUCUACACACAAUAUACUCGUAUCUCUACGUAUAAUAUUCUCCGCCCCAUCUCCCGGUCGCCCCCAUUGAUGAUGAGCCGAAGCCUCCUUCCUUAUUAUAUUAAUCUAAUCCAUUCGAAUCCCUUACCUUCUUCUUCGUCAUUGCUGCUUCCUUCCCUGUCUGAGCACAGAGACCAAUAGAGAGAGAGAGAGAGAGAGAGAGAGAGAGAGAGGGAGGGCAGUGCCCAUCCAACCCCAUUUUACUCCGGUGAGACGCAGGGAGAUAGAGGGAGGGGGGUAGUGUUGUUUCUGUGAGGGGGGGAAAUGGAGCCGCCGGCGUCGUCUAGUGACACGACGGGGACAGGGGCGCGGUCGCCGAGGGGUGCGACGCGGGCCGGGGCGCGGUCGCCGGGUGAAUCGGCGCGGUCCGGGGCACGGUCGUCGGUGAUAGACUCGAUCCGGGGGUGCGGCCUCAAGGGUAUGAAGAUCGACAAGGAGGAGCUAAGGAUGAGGCUCAUGAUGCCCAAGUACCUGCGCAUCGCCAUGAGGAACUCGAUCCGGUUCCAGGACCCCAACAGCGGGUUGGAGAAGGGCCAGCUCUCCGUUGCGGAGACCGCCGGCGAGGCCGAGCCGCCUCAGCCUCCCGAGUGUCCCAUUGUCGUCUUCAUAAAUUCCAAAAGCGGCGGUCGACACGGGCAUGAGCUCAAGCUCAGGCUCCACCAGCUGAUUGCUGAGGAACAGGUUUUUGAUUUGAAAGAUGUAAAACCUCAUGAAUUUGUACAGUAUGGAUUGGGUUGUCUGGAGAAGUUAGCCAGUACUGGCGACAAAUGUGCCGAGGAAACACGUAAAAGGAUAAGAGUUAUGGUUGCGGGAGGUGAUGGUACUGUUGGGUGGGUGCUGGGAUGUCUUGGAGAGCUUAACAGCCAGGGACGAGAUCCUGUGCCUCCAGUUGGUAUCAUUCCUCUUGGUACUGGCAAUGACUUGUCACGGAGUUUUGGCUGGGGCGGGUCAUUUCCUUUUGCCUGGAAAUCAGCGGUGAAAAGGGCUCUUGAUAAAGCAAGUAAUGGUCGAAUUGGUCGAUUGGAUAGCUGGGAUUUGACGAUGUCUAUGCCGUUUGGUGAAAAAAUUGAGCCUCCCUAUUCUCUUAAACCGACAGAAGAUUGUUGUCUGGACGAGGGGUUAGAGAUUGAGGGGCAAAGGCCUGAGAAAGCAAGUUGCUUCAGAGGAGUAUUCUAUAAUUACUAUAGCAUAGGUAUGGAUGCUCAAGUAGCAUACGGCUUCCAUCAUCUACGUAAUGAGAAACCAUACCUUGCCCAGGGUCCAAUUGCGAAUAAGCUAAUAUACUCUGGUUAUACUUGCACCCAAGGUUGGUUCUUCACUCCUUGUACCAGCCAACCUAGCUUAAGGGGACUAAAGAACAUUUUGAGAAUUCAUAUUAAAAAGAUAAAUUGCUCCGAGUGGGAGCAGAUUCGAGUACCUUCGAGUGUAAGGGCCAUAGUUGCUCUAAAUCUUCAGAACUAUGCUAGCGGGAGGAAUCCAUGGGGUAACUUGAAGCCUGAAUAUUUAGAGAAGAGAGGAUUUGUUGAGGCCCAUCCCGAUGAUGGUCUGCUCGAAAUAUUCGGCCUAAAGCAAGGCUGGCAUGCCUCCUUUGUUAUGGUCGAACUCAUCUCCGCGAAGCACAUUGCACAGGCGGCGGCAAUAAGGUUCGAGUUUAGGGGCGGAGAGUGGGAAAAUGCAUUCAUGCAGAUGGAUGGGGAGCCAUGGAGGCAGCCACUGAGCAAAGAUUUCUCCACCUUCGUUGAGAUCAAGAGGGUCCCUUUCCAGUCUGUAAUGAUUCAUGGUGAUUAGAUUAACAAUACCUUCUCUCUCUCUCUCUCCCUAUCAUACAUAUUGCUUAGUGUAUCUAUUGUCCAUGAACACUAUUCUUUGGACCCGAAUCCCAAUGGGGCAAGGCAAGUGAAACAGCAGAGGGGAUCGUGUGGAUUGGCGCCGAUGUUAAUUUUUAGCGUCUUUUUGUAAAAUAAUGUUCAAGGGUGAAGCAGUAGAUGUAUGUAACAUGGCAACUACGGGUUGCCCAGUGUAAAAUAGAACAUUGCUUUGCUUGGCUUCGAAGGUAAAUACUUAAUAGCCUUGUCCAAUUAAUAGAACUCGCAAGGUUUCGGGACUGA